AUGGGACAAAAGAAUAGAAAGACAAGUCAACCAUCAUUGGAUUUCACAAGAAAGAAACCAAAGUUGGGAAAGAAACCACCUCUUAAUCCAAAUUUAACAGUUACUACCUUUAAAUCGAAAACAUUACAUGUACCAGGACAAUCAUUAGGAGAUAAUAAAGAGAAUGAAUUAACAAAUCAUCGUAAUUUGACGUUAAAGGAUUUGUUGACCAAGAUGAAACAUUACAGUGACACUGUGAGAAAGGAGGCAGUGACAGGUUUAAGAGAUUUGAUUCGUCAACAUCCAGUGAUUGUAUCGAUGCAUACUGCAGCCAUUAUGAAUCGUGUGGUCGAGGUGGUCAAUGAUACCGACCGAAACGUUAGAACUGCAGUACACAACCUCAUCCCUCAUUUAUUGCCAUUGGUCGAUUCGGUCAUGAUGACACCUUUUAUCCCAUUGUUUACCAUUUAUAUCAGUGCAGGUAUGACACAUCUUCGUACCACUAUUCGUAUGGAUGCUCUACAUCUCUUUGAAAUGUUGAUGGACCACUAUCCACAACAAAUCACUCAACAAUGCAUUCAAAUGCUUCCCAACUAUAUGGAUCUCUUGAAACGUGUCACUAUCUCUAAUUCAAUGACAAUGACACUCUUACAAGCCAACAAAGCCCCCAACAAGGCAGUCUCUGUAAAGACACUGGCUCUCAACUCUCGUCUCCUUAUUCUUCGUUCCAUGUUCAAGUUGAUUCAACUCUUGGUGCCAACAGUCGACCAUUCCUAUGCCAACCUUAUGAACCGUAUCGAAUCGUCUGCUUCACGUGCCCAACAAUGGACUCCAGGCACCACCGCCGUUGCCAUCCCACCCGAUUUUUCAUCCUACAUUCAACAUCUCUCCAUCCCAGAUCUCUUUACCAAAAACAAUAUUACAGAAGGUCGUGUAUCCACCACCCUCACAACUACCUCAUCAUCUGGUGGUAUCAAGUUGUUAAAGAGAGGUACUGAAGAUCUUAAUCAACAACAAAAGUCUGAUGGUGGUUCAACCCAAGCAGACUCUUCCUCUUCUCUACCAGAAGUUGCAGAUAUCGUACAACUUAAACCAACAUUACUAAGAUCGUUUGAAGAGAGAUUAUUGAUGUUGCAAGUAAUCAUGCCAGUUUUAGUAGAUUGUUGGGUAGAAAUGGCACCAACCAACAUGACAAUCAGUUAUUCAAUCUUGGAAGACCAACAAUUACUCUUGAAUAUUCUUGUACGUCUCUUGGCUAGUUUGGAAGACUAUGAAAAGUUGAUGGCACAUCACAAAGAGAUUGCAAAUAUUCGUCGUGACUUUGAAAAGUACUUUGUUCCAAGAUUCCCAUUCGUCGUUGGGUCUCCAUCAAACCCAGACUCUCGUGAAUGGAUCAUGUCUGCCUCACUCAACAGUUCAAUCACCCAAAUCAUGACCUAUUUUGUCAGCAAACAACCAGCAUUUAUAAACUACCAAUCAUCGGCACGUGUCCCUCCACCACCCCUCCCAGAAUGGUUCAACAGUUAUUUGGAUUAUAUCGAAGAUGCUUUGGAAGGUGGAUUGGUUGCCGAAGAUAAACGUAUGCAACAAGGUCAAUUGGUUCGUAGUCACAUUUCUUCGAUGUUGUGGGUUGUCAUUUUGACACUUCCAGCCAUGUCAAAGGAUAGAAUGUCUAGUAUUCUUGGUUCAUUUAUCAAGUUUGAUGAAGCUUGUCAUCCAAACUCUACCAGUAAAAAGUCUUGUGUCUACUUUAUCAAACAAUUAAUCGAUAUGAAUUCAAUACUCCACUUUAAAGACAAGGUUUUAAAAGAUAUCGUUCAAUGGGGUCUUGCUUCUUUACCAAAAUUAUUAUGGAAACUUGGUAAUAAUGAUCCUUCAACUAGUUUAAUGAUUAUAAAUAUUUUAGCAUCAUUUGGUAAAGAUAAAACAAAAAAGACACAAUUUGAAUCUAUUCAAACAGCAUUGGUACCAUUCUUUUUCACAAUUACCAAACCUAAUGAAAAAUUCCCUCAAGGACGUCAAAUAUUUGGACCAUUUGUUACUCUACCAAAGAAUGUUCAAAUUGAAGCUAUCAAUUUAUUAUAUUAUUUCCAUCAAAUGGGAAUGUUAAUGAUUAGAUCUUUAAUUGCAAUUUGUAGAUCUGAAAAGGUUUCAAAUGAUGUUUUAGAUAUAUUAUUUGAUAUUGUUCAUUGCAAGAGAGAUGAAAUUGGUUUGGGUAAUUAUCUUGCAUUUAGUAUUGCAAUUGUUUUAUCAACAACUGAACAAGAAAAAGAAGAAGAAAAACCACAAGAAGAUGAAGAGGAACAAGACAAAAUGGAUGUUGUUGAAAUUAAACCAACAACACUGAAAAAAUCACCAAAAGAAAAGGAAAUGAUCAUGGAAAGAAUUUGUAGAAAUACAAAUAAUCUUAGACCCUCCAUAACCAUUAUCGAUCUUUUAAAUCCAAUUUCAACUACUCUUGUAAAUCAAUUAACAUCAUCAUUAGAAAAUAUUAAAAAUAAUUUAUUAUCAUUAAAUUAUUUAUUGAAAUUCAUUUAUUCAACAUUUGACAAUAGAAGAAACGACGAAUGGGAAGAAUUACCAAGUGAACUAAGUGAAAAGAAGGCUUUACCAUUGGUACUUUCUCAUUAUCUUUAUCAAACUAUAAACUCUGAACCAGAAUAUUUUGGUCUUGGUUUGAAAUUUAUUCACUUAAAUGGAAAUGGAAAAUUAUUAUUGGAAAUUAUUUCAAUUCUUAAAGAAAUAAUGAAAAAAGAAAAGAAUAUUGUUGGUAUUACAAGUAUUUGUAUUGAAAUAUUUAAAUCAAAGGAAUUAUUACCAGUUUUACAAGUAGUUCAAAAGUCAAUGGUCGAGUUUGUAAAAUCCAUAAAGUCACAAACUUUGGCACCAUCUGAAAAGUCAAUCGUUGAUCGCUUGGUAUCAGAGUGCAAUAUUAUUUAUAAUAUUAAUUUAUAA